GGGUGUGUGUGUGUCGAGGAAAUUAUGUUUUUGGAAAACAGGAAAACCUGGGCAAGUUUUUGGGGGCAGUACAACGCAAAGACGAUUGGGGAGCCCGAGGAAGAGAGGCUGCACAAUCGAGUUGAGCUCAUAUCAAGUCGCCGAUCGACUCAAACUUUGCUUAGAAUUUUGACUUUCGCGAAGGGAAGAGCUGAAGAAGAGGCAUCCGAGGCGAAAAAAGUGUCACAAAACUUUUAUGGUGGCCAUGACACGUUGGCGGUUGUUGGGCCCCACCACUACAAAAACCCCCUUUUGGCGGAAAUCCCCUUCCCGACCCUUCGUUGCGGUGGCUGCCACUGCUACUUCAUUUGCCUGUGCGCUCAUUAAAAAAGUUGCGACACAUACAAAUGCAUACACUUGGCGAAAAUGAGUAGUGAAUGGGCUGCGGCAGCAAAGAGGUGAGAGAAGGUGAGAUUUGUGUUGAAAGAUAAC